AUGGUUGUACAAAACCGCAAGAAAUUGGAACGGCUGGAUCUUGAGUCCCAGCGUCAGGUGCUUGAAGAAGAUAUACUGAUUUUCAGUCAGCAUCGGGGAGUAAAAGUAAAGAUCGUGUACGAUGCUGCUGGUAGACAAACGGGCGAGAAUGAGAUCUGCUGCGAGAAGAAGUCCGGUAUCGAUCUUGUGUUUUGCACCACAGUUGAAGCCGACAUUGGUUUGAUGAUUGAGGCUGCUCAGUCGCUUCUAGAGGGUGCCCCUUACGUGAUGAUAGCAACAUCUGAUCGCGCCGCCCAGCUGGACUGCACAGGACCGAAGACGCGUGUCAUAAGCUCCGAACUGCUGCUAAAAGAGAUCAAGGAUUGUAAGAAGAGGCUGAGGGCGAAGUUGUUGGAGAGCCAGACCCAGUAUGCGCGAGGGAGGCUGGCGGGGGCCAUGAAUUCGGAUUCAGAUAUUAAGAAGCUCAGAGAUCAGCUUUUGCAGACAUAG